AUGAGGAAACAGCAGUCUAGCAGCAGCAAACAUGAAAGCUCCAAGCGACAAAAGAUGGGAACACAGGGCAAGUUUGGGACCAUGAUGCUUCUGUGUCUUCCAUUCCUGACAACGGAUGUGUCUGCCUUUGCUCCAACUCAUCUCUUUCUCCAGCCAUCAUUAUUUGCUGGGGUGAAUACUGCUCUUUGGGAACAGCGAAGAUCUACCAGUAAUAGAAAUUCAGAUGGUUCUCAAAAGCAACGGUCACGACGACGGCGACCAACUACUGAAGGUACUGGUGGAACUGGUAGAAACAACAAUAGAAACUCCAACAACAAAAACGGCAAGCGAUCCUAUCGAGUGAGCAACGAGGAAGCCAGACCCAUUCUGACGAAUUACGACGCCAACACGUCUCCCCAAGUCAAUCAAGAACGGUUGCAUCGCGCCACCAUUGACUGCGGCCAUUUCGACACGUGUUCGGGAUGUUCCGUUCAGACCAAAAUCGCCAACAUUCCCACCAUUCAAUCGGCACAAUCCUUCUUUUCCAGUCCGUGGAUUCGUCAAUCCAUACUAUACGACUCGUAUGACAAUAAUGACGACAAUUUCUAUCAAGUGGUUGUUCCAUCGCCACUCACAUCGUGGCGCACUCAAGCCAAAUUGGUGGCGGCCCCCAAAUCGUCGGCGUGGUCCAAUGAUGGGAUCCAGUUGGGACUGUAUCGCUCCAAAAGCCAUCAAGUCGUGGCCAUUCCUCAGUGUGCCGUCCAUCAUCCGUCCAUUAAUCGCGCCAUGGAAACACUCGAACAAGCCACCGCGAAAGCGGGCAUUGUAGCGUACUCAUCUGCCAAACGCGAAGGAGCAUUGCGCUAUGUCCAAUUCCAAGUGGAACGGACUACCGGAAAAGUCUCCAUGACAUUGGUCUGGAAUGCCGAAACCAUCAAACAAACACAACCGGCAUUGUCGCGACUUGUCAAGGAAUUGCAACGACUCGACCCUGAUUUGUGGCACUCUGUCUGGGUCAAUUGCAAUGAUAGUACAGGCAAUAACAUCCUGGCGCGAAAUCCCAAUCGGUGGCAUCGAAUAACCGGUCCUGAAUUCUUGCGAGAACCAUUGCCUGUCGGUGACAAGGGAUGGCUCUACUUUACUCCACUGACAUUUCGACAAGGCAAUUUGGAUGGAUUUGAUAUUCUCGCCAAUGACGUUGCGAGCCUGGUGCCCGAGAAUGCCAAAGUCUGUGAACUCUAUGCUGGAGUGGGAUUAUUGGGGCUCUCGGCAUUGGCGCAUCAGGCUACUAAUGAUGAAAAUGGCCUGUAUUGGUUGCGAUGCAGUGACGAGAACCCAUCCAAUGCACGAUGCUUUGAACGAGCCGUGGAUUCUUUACCACCUGAUUGGGUUGGCAGAGGGAACCGUCACGACCGGAAAAAGCCACAGGAAGAGGAAAUCACCAUUGCACAACUCAUGGAACGGAUGCAAUCGGGAGAUGCCGUCCAAGCGGAACCACCCGUCGGAGAUAAAACCAGCUACAUGGUAGCCUCGGCGGCAAAGGCGUUAAAGUCAGGACAAGCCCUGGGGGCCAAUGUCAUUAUCGUAGAUCCUCCACGAAAAGGAUUGGAAUUCGAGGUUCUGGACGAGUUGUGCAAACCCAUCGAUCGGCAUCAAGACUCUGUGGAAGACGUUUCCAUGCUGACCAUUCCCGAUGAAAUGGCUCGAUGGACCAACGAUGCGCGAACACUCAUCUAUGUGAGCUGCGGAUUUGAAGCAUUGGCACGAGAUGCCGAGCGACUCUUGACGAGCAAAGCGGGAUGGAAACUCGAAAGUGCCACGGGUUACAUUUUGUUUCCAGGCAGUGAUCAUGUGGAGACAGUUUGUGUGUUCCAGCGAGACUAG